AUGUUGAACACCAGACAAAACUACCUCAACGCAAAGCGCUUCUCUGCGGAAUUGGCACUGGAGCACAUUAUACCGCAUAAUGUGUGUUUUUAUCUGAUUCCACCAAUCGUCGAUCUAUCGAUCGACGAGUUUGAAAAGCUAGCAAUGGAACGCCUGAAAAUGUUGCGAAUGCUCGAGCAGGUUACGGCCAAGGUACCGAAGGUUAUGUCAGACGCCUGGAAAGAAGCGGCCCUCGCCGAAAUUAACCACGAAGGCCAUCGAACGUUUGCUAAAUUGUGCCGCGGAAACCUAAAUGACGACGUCACCAAAGUGGCCCGUAGGAGGGAUUAUCUGUCGCAUUUUAUUCUGCGCUUUGCGUACUGUCGAUCGGAAGAAUUGCGGCGCUGGUUCGUUACUCGUGAGAUGGAGCUAUUCCGGUUGAAGUUCAGUGCGCUAUCGAUGCGCGAUAUUAAGGAAUUCCUAGAGGUGUACGAGUUGGACUACAAACCGCUAACGGACGAGGAGAAGGCAGAAAUAUCGGAGCAGUUGUGCGCCAGUACGGCCUUCCUGACGAGGCUAAAGGUCGAAUCAAACGACUUCUAUGCGGUACACUUCACGGAGGUGCUGAACCUGGUGCGCGAGCGCAAGUGCUUUUUGAAGGGUGGCACUGCGUACAUACCGCCGGAGCACUUUCAGUACGUGAUCGGUAAAAAACACGAAAAGUUGAUCGAGGACGGCCUGAAGGCGCAUCUCCGCAUGUUGCCCACAUUGGAAAAUGACGAGCGGUUCUCAAUGCUGCUCAAAUCCAUUCACACAUCCUACACGGGAAAGAAUUAUUCGGUCGCCAAGGUGGGCUGCGUACCCGUUGAAAGCAUCGAACAGUUGUCGAAGAAAUCGUUCCCACUCUGCAUGCGCCACACUCACGAUACACUUCGAGUAACGCACCAUUUGAAGCACUGGGGUCGCAUGCAGUACACCCUAUUUUUGAAGGCAAUCGGCGUCACGAUGGAAGAUGCGUUGCGCUUCUGGCGCGAUGAGCUUACCCGCGGUAAGGUGCCGAUCGAGAAGUUCGAGAAGGAGUAUGCGUACAACAUUCGCCAUCAUUACGGCAAGGAGGGUUCGCGCGUGAAUUACUUGCCUUUUUCCUGCAUGAAGAUCAUCUCAGCACCCAUUGGGCAGGGCGAAACGCACGGUUGUCCGUUUAAGAACUUUGAUGCGAGUUCACUCAAAACCCGGCUCACCGGGUAUGGGUUGAGCAUGAUCGAUGCGGACGAGGUGGCUGGCUAUGCGGCGAAAGGACACUACCAUGUCGCUUGCGGAAGGUAUUUCGAGGUCUUGCACGGGACGAAGCUCGAGGAACCCAUCACCCAUCCGAACCAGUACUUCGAGAUCAGCCAAAUAUCGAUGGAGGGUAAAGCGGCCGCGCGACCACGGCAAUUAACGAGCCAACAACCAGGACGAUGGAAUCACAGCCAAGUGAACAGCCAGUCGACGCAGGAUAGCUCGGUAACGUUGCUGAACCAUUCGAGUACCCUACAAGGCACCGAUGACGAUCUGGAGUUGUGGGAUAUCAUGGAAUCUAAAGAAAAAGCAGAAAAUGAUGAGGAACACGAGAAAACAGUCACACCUGAGACACCUGAAGCUACGGAACAAUUACCUUCUAAGCCAGGGACUGCGCAAUGGGAUGAUGAUGAUUUCGAUCUGCUGGAGUUGAACUAA